AUUUCAGGAACCAGCUUCCAUAGCGGGGGGUGAUUUUCACAGACAGGUUUUUGGCUUGAUCACAGAUUUUUGAAAAAAUGACCUGGCACCCCUGAUUACCAUUUGAUGUUAAAGUAAACAAGUUUUUACAAAAAAAAAUCCCGUGCAAAAGUAACUGAUAAUCCACAAGAAUGCACGGAACAAAUCAUGAAUGCCGUUAAAAAGUGCAAGAUUUUCAUUCUGUCGCUAUCUUAAAUUUCUUCACCAGCAUCACUCGCUAGCAUUUAAUUCAGAACGAUCGAAAAUUUUGAUACUAGUGACAACCAGCAGUAGGCAAGCGAUUACAUUAUGCUGGUGUGCUUGUGCUAAAAUACUUCUUUCUGAAAAACCACAAAGCUACGAUUUUUUAUAGCCUCCACAGCAGCAAUAUAAGAGUAUCGAAAUGAAAACAAUCACGAAUAGCUAGUUAUAUAUUUCUUUAUGCCAGUUUAAAACCAAGAAACAAAUUCGCACCAAAAAGAUAACGCAGCUCAUUCUCAUUCCCGCCAUUUGGAUGUUGAACUAUCCUAAUAACCAAUAUUACGGUGGAUAUCCUCAGCAACCCAUGUUUAAUCAAGGAAAUUAUACUUCACAGCCCUAUCCAUCGCAGCAACAAAGUCAUUCCGGCUACAACCCUCAACCAGGGUUUGCUCUACAACCUGGUUUCACCCCACAACCUGGCUUUCAACAGUACCCAUCACAAAAUCCCGACUAUAUGGGACAACCAACAAUGCCACCUGGAAACUACGGAGCAUACGAUCCAGAAGAUCAAAGCGCGAAAGGUUUUGAUUUCACAGAUCAAUCAAUACGUCGAGGUUUUAUUCGCAAAGUGUAUUCCAUACUAACGGCCCAACUUGGUAUAACACUUGGAUUCAUUACAUUAUUUAUGUAUCAUCGUCCUACAAAACUAUGGGUUCAACAACAUCCAGAAAUGUUUUGGAUUGCUUUGGGUGUUAUGAUUGUGACCUUAUUGUCAAUGGCAUGUUGCGGCAAUGUUCGUAGAAAGGCUCCGAUGAACUUCAUCUUCUUGGCACUUUUUACUUUUGCGCAAUCAUUCCUUUUAGGAGUUACAACAGCUAAAUUUAGUUCCCAAGAGGUACUCUUGGCGGUUGGUAUCACAGCAGCUGUUUGUCUUGGAUUAACUCUUUUUGCUUUUCAAACAAAAUGGGAUUUUACAGUAAUGGGCGGAGUCCUUUUUGUGGCAGUUAUCAUACUAAUGCUAUUCGGAAUCAUUGCUAUUUUUUUCCCAGGAAAAACUAUCACCAUCGUAUAUGCGAGCCUCGGCGCUAUGUUGUUCAGUAUCUAUUUGGUAUAUGAUACUCAGUUAAUGAUGGGUGGGGAACAUAAAUACAGCAUUAGUCCGGAAGAGUAUAUAUUUGCAGCAUUAAAUCUUUACUUAGAUAUCAUAAACAUAUUUAUGUAUAUUCUUACAAUCAUUGGUACAACCCGCGAUUAAAUGCUAGUAUAUGGUUGAAUGAACUAUAAUAUUACGAAAAAAUACUUUCAUAAAUGUUCAUUUUUUUCCUUGAAAUAAUAAAUCAAAGCAACUAAGAAUAUAAUUGGCUUAUUGGUGAAAGUUGAAUAUCCUUUCAAUACAUACUUCAGAUCUCAAUGAUUGACGAGAAAUAUAAAUGUUGUUCUUUGUAAGUAUAAAUUAUGACCAAAUAUAUGUUCCUAACAGCAUAAACCAAAAAA